AUGUCAGGUAUACCACGUGAUGCAUGGAUUAAAUUGACGCAAUCGAUCGCCAGUUUACAUGCAGCCGUUGUGGCACUGAUCAUUUUCGUCGUCAUUUUUUGUGUGAUCCAACUUAUUUCUAUCAUUUAUAAGUUCUACGUAUUGAGAAAGCAUACACGUCAGCGUAAAUUAGAAAGAUUGCACUUCGCAAGAUUGCGAGCUGCACGAGCGCCAUCAACGAAGCGUGGAAGAGGUAGACACUUAAAAAGAGAUCGAUCCACAAGCAGACAGUCUGCACGUCAUAAAUCUGGCAGGAAACAAUUCAGGUCCGGUGAACCGAGUAGAAGGGCUACACUUCGUCUAUCAUUAAGCCACGAUGACGACCAGCCAAAAUAUUCAGUAAAAGGAGGGAGAGGCAAAAACGAGCGAGGUGAUAACAAACGCGACAGGCAAAAAUCACCAUUGGAUGAUGAUGGUUCAUCAUUGUCGGGUGGGAGAGCCGUUCAGAUCGAACUACCUCCAGGCGAACAAGCGCAGGAAAGUGAAGAUGUGGCACCGGAGAAGAAGGCAACUUUAGGCAAAUGGGACGCGAAAUGGCCCAGAAAAUCCUCCUCAUCAUCAUUGUCCAACAGAUCAGAUUCAGCUGUUGACUCAGCGUCAUCUAAAUCUACUAAUUCAGCAUCGUCAUCGAACACAGGUAAUGACAAUCCCGCUUUAAUGGCUCAAGACUCAUUGAUGAUGGUGAACGAUAAAAAGUUAUUACCACUUGAAAUUUCCGCUCAAGCUAAUCUUCUCAAAGAGAACAGAAACGGCAAAACUGCUCCUUACUCGGAUCCGGCUGUAACAGCAAAAACAACCGAUGAUAACCUUUUUCAGGCCGAUAAACAGGCUCCAAUUCAGCUCAAAACUGAUGAAGGAUCAACUGUCAGCACGAAGACGGCCGCAGAGAAACCACCGACCGUUGUUGAAAUUCCUGGAACUGCGCUCACGCUGAGCACAUCAGAUGCGAGUACAGCUAAAGGCAUAAUCAUACUUUCAGAAAACACUGUAACAACGGCCAAUCUAGGUACUCUUCCGGAUGCUUCAAAACCAUCUGAUCAAUCGUCGAAAUCCAACGAUGACAGUUUCAAAAAAGAUGGCUCUUCAAGCGGUGCCAAAGCGCAAGUGCGUGGUAAAGUUCUUGAGCUUACAAUCGGAGUUUAG